AUGAACGAACGAGGUUUUUUAGGUGUGACAGCACAUUUUCUACAAAACGAAGAAAUGUGUAUGUUUUACCUAGCCACUCGUGCGCUAAACGAAAGACAUACAGCUGAAUAUAUAUCGGAAACACUUCUGGAUAUUCUUGAUAAUUGGAAUAUAUCACAAAGUAAAAUUUGUGCCGUGGUGACAGAUAAUGCCAGUUCUAUGUUAGCAGCCAUAAGAACAUCUAUUGGUGAAAAGAAGCAUUUGCCGUGUUUUGCGCAUACGAUAAAUCUCGUUGUUGGAGAGACUUUAAAAUUACCUAGCGUUAAAACAGCUAUAUUUAAAGUUCGAGAAAUUGUGCAUUGGAUAAAAAAUAGUGUUGUGCAGCCAGACAAAUUAAAAAAAAUUCAAAUGCAAAACAAUAUUCCUGAAGGUUCAAUUUUGAAACUUGUUGCUGAUGUUAAAACAAGAUGGAAUUCGGCCUUUUUCAUGUUGGAGCGCUUCUUACAUUUGAGAAGAGUGAUAUCUGAAAUCGUAAUCGAAAGUGUUUCAGCACCCGACAUGCCAACUGCUGUAGAGAUGGAAACACUCAACCAACUUACAGCUUUAUUAAAGCCUUUUGAAUACGUCACAAGAGAAGCAUCUGGACAAAAGUAUGUCACGAUAUCCAAAAUUAUACCAAUGAUUAAUUGUUUGUCAACCAAACUUAAUAGUAUCACACCAGUCUUACCAAUUGUAAAAGAAUGCAAGGAAGUUUUAUUGAGAGAGCUGACGAAAAGGUAUGGAUUAAUUGAAUGCAAUGACCAUGCAGCCAUUGCUACUUUAUUGGAUCCAAGGUUUAAAAACCUGCAUUUUCAAGAUCCAGCAGCAUGCGGGCAAGCUAUACAAAAACUCAAAAGUAUGAUUUAUGAGCAACAAAGUAGUCCAAGUUCGGAGGAAGAUGCUUCGUCUAGUGUAACACAGGAAUAUGACUUUUGGAAAUAUCAUAAAGAGCUAGUGCAUGGUCACAAAAAGAAAUAG